UGGUCAGCCUUCGUUCAGCCACCAUUUUCUGACACCAGACUGUUUCUGCGUUCAGUUGUUGCGUAGCUGUAUUCAGUAAAUAUCAGGAUAGUUUAAACAUAAUUAAAAGCUUUCCAGCCAUGGGCACCUCCGUCGUGACCGCGAGUUUUGCUCUGCUGUGUGUUUUUCUUCUCUGUGAGCCCUCACUUCAAACAGAGAAACACUCCCUGUAUUACAUUUACACAGCGCUGUCCAAACCUGUCGAUCAGCCGGGCAUCUAUCAGUUCACUGCUAUGGGUCUGCUAGAUGACAGAGAGAUUGACUAUUACAAUAGCAAGGAACAGAGAAAGAUUCCCAGACAGCACUGGAUGAAGGAGAAAAUGCAGGAGGAUUACUGGGAAAAAGGCACCCAGUCCAGAAAGAGCAAAGAACAGUGGUUUAAUGUGAACGUCGACAUUCUGAUGAAACGCAUGAGACACAAUGAGUCAGAUGUUCAUGUUCUUCAGUGGAGACAUGGUUGUGAAAUUGAGAAAAAUGGAGAUGAAGUGAAGUUUUCCAAAGGCAUUGAUGAGUACAGCUACGAUGGAGCGAACUUCCUGUCUUUUGAUGAUAAGGAGUCUCAGUGGGUCGCUCCCGUUGCUGCAGCUGUUCCAACCAAGAGGAAGUGGGAUAAUGUAACAAUUCUAAACCAGUACACCAAGGGCUACCUGGAGAAAGAGUGUGUGGACUGGCUUAACAAGUUCAGAGAAUACGGAGAUGAGGUGAUCAGAAAGGGCUCUCCUCCAGAAGUUCACGUGUUUGCAAAAAGGUGCACCAGGGACAAAACCAAGCUGGAACUCACCUGUUUUGCCACUGGCUUCUACCCCAAAGACGUGAUAUUGAGUAUAAGGAAAUAUCGCUCACCCCUGCCUGAAAAAGAGAUUGAAUCCUCAGGAGUCAGACCUAACCAUGAUGGAACCUACCAGCUGAAGAAGACUGUGAUUAUCCAGGAGGAUGAAAAAGCAGAUUAUGAUUGUGUUGUGUCUCACAGCACCCUCAACGAGACAAUUAUCACCAAAUGGGAUGGAACGUGCCCAGACUGCGGAAGCUCCCUGGUUAUUGGAAUUGUGAUUGGAGCUGUACUUGUAAUAGUUGUUGUUGCAGCAGUCUGCCUUUACCUUUUUAUGACUAAAAGACUCACUUGCCGACAACAGAGUGCAACCAAUGGACAAGUACAAGGUGCUUAUGAAGUAAAUGAAAAUCUUCUCCCAGGAUAUAAUAGUAAUGGACAUGCACCAACAGCAGUCAAUGGAGGACCCAAUGGAGUGAUAAUUAUCGCCAACUGAAAAAUAGUGAAGCAGGAAAAGUAGUGACUGAAGAUGGAGAUUGAAUUUCAAUUUUUGGAUUUGUUAUUUUUUUGUUUUUCAUAAGAGCAAACAUGUUCUUUGCUUUCAUAAAUUCUCUUAAGUAUGUAGGUUACUUAAACCGAUAGUUUGUAAUGACUACUUUGAUCAUGCUACUUUCAGACUGUGCAGUGUUUUUAUGCAUGUUCAUGUGUGAUGAGAAAGGACAUGACAUAUGGGGGAUUUUUAACCUUUACCCCCUUAAGCUCAAGGAAACUGUAAAAUAUCUGGAAUAACACAUUUUGCCCCCUUUUCCUAACAAAGGAGGUUAUGGAAGCUGUAGUCAUUCACUGUUACAGCCAAAAAGGUUUAUUCAGGUUAGGUCAAACAUUUCAGUGGAUGGCCAUAUUCUUUUGUUACAUUAAUACAUUUGGUAAAUGCUUUUAUCCACUGCAUUCAAGCUAUACAUUUCACCAGUUGAUAUAUUUCAUGAGACUCAAACUCAUGACCCAUUACUAGAGCUUGUUUUACUGUUUGAGUCACAAGACGACGGAGAUCAAAGUAUGAAUUUUUCAAAAUAAGUGUUGCUCUUAAGUUUUGAAUAAGUGAUGUUACAGGUUUAUUUAGUGGUUGCAAAACAAUUACUUAGUUGAAGAUUUGGCUUUGUUGACUGCAGAUGAACUGUAUUUUUUCUUCAGUAUUAAUAGCUUUCUUUCGCUAUGUAGAAAUAAACAUGAGACACCACAGAUCAUGUCAUGAGUAAAGUUAGCACAAUUGACUGAAAAACAGAUUCAUUGUUACCUAGAAAUUUUAAACAGAUUUGUAUGUAACAAAUUAAAAGAAACGAGGAAUGUUAAAUAGCAGUAUUGUAAGUUAAAGGUCAUAUGCAUUUCAUAAUAUCCACCUUAUUUUAAGAGCAGAUGUGGCCAUUAGUAAAUUUAACUGGUCUGCUUCUGGUGUUAUCCGCUUCCAGAACUUUAGCUGUUGAAAACAGCAAAAAACGGGUGUUUCUCACCAUAUUAUUUUUAAUGUAUUAUCUUAAUUUUAAACAUACUGCUUUGUAGCUCUCACGCUUACUUUGAGUUUAAGCUUGCUGAAGUGUUUUUACAUGUAGUAAAUAAAACCAGUUCCUAUUAAAAUUUUACUUCAUA